UUUUGGCAAAUGUCAAAUUAAGCCGAAAAUAUUAAAGAACUAUGAUCUCAUUAAACAACAAUUCUAAUCUACACACCCUGUAACGAGACAUCAAUAGAUGUAAUUAUUCGGUGAUUUUUACGCAUUGAUUGCACAGAAAUGCAGCAGUCACCUUUUGAGAACAUAUUUAAUAUAAUCGGUGGUUUUUCUAAAGGCAAUGAAAAGCCCAUGAAACAUGGAUUUUACAACGCUUUUGCCUUCUUUAUUUUAACAAUUUGCUGUGUGGCAGUUUAUGUGUUGUUCCUCAUAUUAGAACCUUUUUUUAAACCUUUAUUGUGGGCCUUACUAGUUGGAUCGAUUCUCCACCCUUACAAAUAUAAAUUAUCGAAACAGAUAAAGUCAUGGUUCGAAGAUUUAGAAAAAUCCAACACCUCGGUUGUAUUUGGUUUGAUGGUAAUACCAGCUAAUGUAAUUAACUUUGCCUCAGAAGCUGUAGGAAACCAAUUUAAGGAACAUUACAAAACUAUUAUUGGAUUAUUGUCUGCUAUAUUUAUAUUUCCAUGGCUGUACAAUUCAAUUCCUCGGAGCUUAUGCUGCAUUUUCUGGCAAAUCACAAGCUUCAUUGGAGUGUCAACAACAUUACUUAUCCAAUUAUGCACCUCCUACACAACUUUAACAUUUGCAUUAGCAUAUAUUAUAAGUGUGUACACAUUAUGGUCACCUGAAAGGUCUGGAAUAUUCAAAGCUACUUCAUAUCUUCUAUGGCUGGUUAUAACCAGUUAUGUAGCAAGUUUGUGUGGCUCAUACCAAGUUUAUAUGUUUGUUCUGCUGCAAAUUAUUGGUGUCACUGGUUUUGUGCUUGAAGUGUUACAUGUUCAUAAAGUAUUGUUAAUGAAAGACCCUGAAGCCUCAAUCGUUUUAGCAUUGAAUAAAGUUAUUAUGAAUGGCCACACUGAUGCAAAAGAAGCAGAUAUAAAAUCUGAAAUAACCGAAAGUAUUCCAGAGGAACCCAGUGAUAAAGAAUCAACACCUGAUAAAGAAAGUCCGAUCACUCCGGAAUCAGGUCCAAAACGCAGUAGCUGGACCGGAAGCGAUUCCACACAGAGUUCUCCGAAACAUGCUAAGAUCUUAUUUAAAACAAGAACCUUAUCCGCUUUACCCUUACCAAAUGUCAAAACAAAACCAUCGAUCGAAAAUCGAAUCUUAGCAUCAUUUAAACAGCGGUCUCUUGACGAAAAUUACAUGAGAAAUAGUUUUAAUAAUGAUGACGAAUCCGCUAUAUAUUUCAAGCUUUUAUUCUUUGGAUGUUUCUGUAUGCUGGUUUGGAAACAUAUCUGGUUGUUACCAGUGAUGCUGUUUUUCUUAGCGAUACAUUUCAUAAAAUGGAUGCUCAACUUCUUUGGUGUUUGGCUUUUCUUUGAGAGCUAUUACAAUAAUAUUAUGUCUAAAAUUAGGAACUGGUGGGGAGACAGGCAAUCUGCAUUACUACCUGCUCAUGUCCGCGGAGUAGGCAAGAUGCUAUCAAUCUGCAACCGCAGUGUGACAGAGAUGGCAUAUAGUUCUGUUGACACUGUCUCCUCGUGCAUUGUCAUUGUUGGUCUCAUAUUCUUCGUCACUGUUGCUGUAGUUUUCGUGUGCAUUCAGAUAUAUUCGGAGGCGAUUGUAGUUGUACAGCUGAGUGGUAGUCUCUUGAACAGUACAUUUGUUCAGCACAGCCCACUGCAGAAUUAUUUACCCGAAGGUUGGGAUGAAAAACUGGAUUCCCUCAUAGAUGAUGCAUAUACAUAUGGAAGGGAAGGAAUAUCUACUGCUGUGAAGAGUAUCCUGAAGGAAGGUGAUCCGGACAAGGUGGGCCGUGUUGAGGCGCAGAUCCUGGAGCUGUGGGACCGCGUGUACCAGAGCUGGGUGUCGCUGCACUUCGCCGGUAAUGGCGGCAACCUCGGCCCACAAGUAGACGGCUCCGCUGUGCAAGACUCCUGGGAUAACUUCCUUAGUAACGUCACGCAAGCACCAGGUCUAUUCGACUACUCGGGCAUAGUGUCGUGGGUGUCGGCUAACGUGGGCACGUUGCGUGAGAUCGCGGGCAGCGUGUGGGCGCCGCUCGCCAGCAACGUGUCUCUGCUGGCGGGCUCGCUGGGCGCGGCCACCUCGCUGCUGCUUUGCGGCGGAGGCGCCAUCAUUAACAUGUUUAUUAAUUUGGUGGUGUUCUACACGACGUUGUUCUACCUGCUGGCGUCAAGCAACGCUCUGUACAAGCCGGUGGAGGUGCUGACGCGGCUGCAGGCAGGCUUCGGUCCGCGGCUCGGUAUCGCACUCUCUGUCGCCAUCAAUCAGGUGUUUAGGGCGUCGUUUAAGAUGGCGUUAUUCUACGGGCUGUGGACGUGGCUGGUGCAUAACUUGUUCGGUGCCAAGGUCGUCUAUCUGCCAUCCGUUCUAGCCGCGAUACUCGGGGCUGCCCCUUUCCUUGGGCCGUAUUUAGCGGGAAUCCCUGCUGCCCUAGACGUAUGGCUGCAGGGCAGGCCAAUGGCAGCGUUGCUCCUGCCCAUAGUACAGGCGGCGCCUAUCGCUUUCCUAGACGCCGCUGUUUACGCCGAGAUUAAAGAUGGCGGUCACCCAUACGUCACCGGUCUAGCAAUAGCCGGUGGUAUAUUCUACCUGGGUCCCGAGGGAGCAAUCCUCGGACCUCUGCUCCUGUGUUGCCUCAUGGUCAUCCUCAACCUGUCUUCCACAUUCUUAAGAGACACACCUUCAGAAGAAACCGCCGCGUUACAUUCGAGAGUCAGGUCAUUAUUGGGAUGCUCUUAACUUAAGAUACGGUGCUUAUCUAUGAUCAUGUUGCAUGGAAAACUAACAUGAACAAAUAAACAGAUCUAGGUGUAUGCAGAUGUACGCGCUAUUUUUCUCACUGCGCAUGUUCUAUCGACGAUUCUUUUCUAGAAAAGGCAGCUAUUAAAGCUUUUGUACUGCUUUAAAUAACUUCAUUGUCGCUAAAUUAUAA